AUGCCUGGGAGACUUGAGGGGGUACGGCACGGUAAUGAGGAGAGUCCCGCAUCUGAUGUGCAGCGGGGAGGUGGUUGGGCGAGGGUGCGAUUGGAGGCCGCUGCGGUGGCGCAAGGAGACACCGCUGACGCCGCCCCUCUCCCAGGGAGCCAACUGCGUGCGGCCCUCGCUGCAGCAAAGGUGUCUGUGCUGAGUUCCACGUUGGAGAAGUUGGAGGGACACUACGAGGAUGUCUGCCAUGCGAGGUGGGGUCAUGUCAUGGAAGUUUCCGACGGGCGAGGAGGGAUGCGAAUGGAGGUUAGGGAAGGCAGGCCGCCACAGCCGUGGGAGUACAAGGUGGAGGGGGCGACUGUUCUCAUGGAUGACGGUGCAGCGCAGUUCCGCCCACCACGUCUCAGUCUGGUGGUGCUCACCUCCGAGAAGUGGCCGUACGCACUGCGGCGGGCAUGUGGUUUUGACUGUUAUGUGUACUCUGAGGUGGAGCGGGUGUGGCAGAUCGUUGAGGGCGAUCUGGCCGGGCUGUUUGGCACGCACGGCGGGGCGAACUCGGCGUCUGUGCGGCGUGUCUUGAUCGGGACGCCCGGGAUCGGGAAGUCGGCGGCUGCUUGCUCGUACCUCCUCUACCAGCUGCUGCACUACGACGCCGAGCAGCUCCACGCGGUGGCGUACUUCAUUGGGGAGCGAGCGUUUCUGUUUGACAAGACCACCAAGACGGUGUUUUCCCUUUCGACUAUUCGACUCCGGCGAUGGAGAGUUUAUUUGGAGGUCUCCAUGCAGAUGAGGGGGUAUAUUAUCUGCGACGUGAUGGGGCGGAGGAAGGUGUUGCCCACCAAAAUGCCUCCCACCGGGUGGGGCAUGCUUGCCGUGUCGUCCCCAAACGAAACUCGCUACAGGGACUGGGAGGAGGACAUGGGCGCCCGCCGAAUCAUCAUGAACGGCCCUGAUGAGAGAGAUGUGAUGGCAAUGUGUGCCUGGAGGAUGCGCGGAGAGCCUGCGGAGGAGCAGGCGGAGUACCGGAACACGGUGCAAAAGAGAAUGGCUCGCUUGGGACCAGUCCAGCGUUACGCUUUCACUCGCUGCGGGAAUGGAUUUUCGGCGAGUUUUCAUGGGAAUAUGGAACAAAUUACGACGUGGGCUGUGAAUCUUUACGUUGGGCUGGACAAGAUGGAUUUGUGGUCUUGCAGCGUUCCGACUGAAGACUACUCGAAGAUGGUACGGGUGGUGACGGGGCGGGGAACGGAGUGCUUUCAGAACGCCCCGGGUUCUGCUUCGCUCAGUGCCGACGUGUUGGUGUGCGUGGCGAAGGUGAUGCGGACGCAUCCCGGCAUCAUGACGGUGCUGAUGCCGCACUCUGCGCUGCUGCCCUCCGCAGUAGAGGGGUACGCAAUAGGCGUGUUCAUGUACGGGGACUUUGUGCGAAGGAUACGCGAUAAGCUGAGCGAGCUGCGGCCUCUAACCCCAGCAGGAGGGUGCGGGCCACGGCCAUGCCUGCUGCAAAUGAACCCACCGUUGUGCCCUACAGACGCGGUUGCGCUGCCGCCGAAGGUGCUUUAUCCUGGGAAGAUUGAUGUGAGGCGCCGGGUGCUCUACGUGCCGGGUGUCGAAGACUUUCCGCUGUUGGACGCCUUUUUCUUCGUCGAGUCGCCGAGGAGGACGAUGGUGGGGCUGCAGACAGCCCCGGCAAAGGCACGCCAGAUUACAACCAACACGGUGAAGCAGCUCAAUGAUCAUAUGGCGGAGUUUUUUAACGGUUGGGAUAAGUUUGCUCGGAGUUUGUCCUGGGAGAUUGUUUACGUGCAACGUGGUGGUAAGGAGACAAUACAAGCGUGGCAGGGGUGUGGAGCCUCCGGCAGCAGGGGCCAGUGCGGAGGAUAA